AUGGGCUCUACGGACCAGCAGGGUCGCGCGGUCCGCAUCGCGAUCGACCGGGGCGGCACUUUCACCGACUGCGUCGGCACACUCAACGGGGAGGAUGUGGUGAUCAAGUUGCUCUCUGAAGACCCAGCGAACUACGACGAUGCGCCCCUGGAGGGUAUCCGGCGCAUCAUGGGCCACUUCCAGGGUCGCGACAUCCCGCGCGGCGAGGCGCUGGAGACGUCGAACAUCGACAGCAUCCGCAUGGGCACGACAGUGGCGACGAACGCGCUGCUCGAGCGCAAGGGCGAGAAGAUCGCCCUCGUCGUCACGCGCGGCUUCCGCGACUGCCUCACCAUCGGUAAUCAGAGCCGGCCCAAGAUCUUCGACCUCGCUAUCCGCAAGCCCGACGUCCUGUACGAGGAGGUCGUCGAGGUCGACGAGCGCGUCACCCUCGAGGACUACGCCGAGGACCCCGAGCGCGCCCUCAGCAAGACGCAUGCGAAGGCCGGGACCCCCGAGGCCGCCGACGCCGACCUCGUCAUGGGCCUCUCGGGCGAGGCCGUGCGCGUGCUGCACCGGCCGGCCGAGGACGGUAUCAGGGAGCAGCUGCAGGGUAUCUACGAUAGGGGUAUCCGCAGCAUCGCCGUGUGUCUGAUGCACGGCUACACGUUCCCGGACCACGAGGCCAUGGUCGGCCGGAUCGCCCGUGACGUCGGCUUCCAACACAUCUCUCUCAGCCACGAGCUCAUGCCCAUGAUCAAACUUGUUUCGCGCGCGACCAGCGUCUGUGCCGACGCAUACCUGACGCCCGCCAUCAAGAAGUACAUCGCCGGCUUCCAGAGGGGGUUCGCGGGCGGCCUGGGCACGCGCAGCGUCCUGCAGGAGGAGGGCAGCAGAGGCGCCCGCUGCGAGUUCAUGCAGAGCGACGGCGGCCUCGUCGACGUGGAGAAGUUCACGGGGCUCAAAGCAAUCCUGUCGGGCCCGGCUGGCGGCGUGGUGGGUUAUGCCAUCACGAGCUAUGACGACGAGACUAAGAUCCCGGUUAUUGGCUUCGAUAUGGGUGGCACGAGUACCGACGUCUCACGGUACGGAGAGGGGCGGUACGAACACGUCUUCGAGACCACAACGGCGGGUGUGACGAUACAGUCACCGCAGCUCGACAUAAAUACGGUUGCUGCUGGGGGUGGCAGCAGGCUGUUCUUCAAGAAUGGGCUCUUUGUUGUCGGGCCUGAAUCAGUGGGUGCACAUCCUGGACCUGCCUGCUACCGGAAAGGCGGACCUGCUGCGGUGACGGAUGCGAACCUGUUCCUAGGGCGUCUCUUGCCUGAAUUCUUUCCUAAGAUCUUCGGCAAGAAUGAGGACGAGGGGUUGGAUUACGAAGCGAGCAAGAAGGUAAUCCAGGAGCUCACUAAUCAGGUCAACAAGGAGACCGGCAAGAACAUGAGCUUGGAUGAGGUAGCCUAUGGGUUUCUGACGAUAGCGAACGAGGCUAUGACGAGACCAAUCCGGUCUAUAACCGAAGCCAAAGGCCACGAUUCCUCAAAACACAGGUUAGCUACAUUUGGCGGAGCUGGUGGUCAGCACGCUGUAGCUAUCGCAGAGGCUUUGGGUAUGAAGCAGAUUCUGGUACACCGUUACUCGUCUGUAUUAUCGGCGUACGGCAUGGCAUUGGCAGACGUGGUAGAUGAGAGACAAGAGCCCGACUCCAAGGUCUGGCAAGAUAAGGGAGAAGUUGUCGAAGAACUGAAAAGCAAGAUGGAUAAGCUCAAGAGCAAAUCCCGCAAGGCGCUGCAGGACCAGGGUUUCGAGGACAGUGAGAUCGUCUUCGAGGAGUAUCUCAACAUGAGGUAUCGCGGCACGGAAUCCGCGCUCAUGAUCGUCAAGCCCAGCGAAGAGGAUGCGACGACUUCAUUCGACGGCCAGGAUUGGGCAUUCGGCAAGGCAUUUGUCAGACAUCACCGCUACGAGUUCGGAUUUACACUCGACGACCGGGAUAUCAUCGUCGACGAUGUACGCAUCCGGGGCAUCGGCAAGAGCUUCCGCUACCAGGAUAAGACGGUCGAUCAGCAACUGAAGGAGGUGAAGCGCCAGUCAGUAGGAGACAAGAAAGCACAUGGCAAGUCGCAGGUUUACUUCGAAGGUGGCCGGCUAGAGACGCCUAUUUACAAGCUGGUGGACCUCGCGAUUGGUGACGAGAUCAGCGGACCGGCGAUGCUGGCUGACGGGACCCAGACUAUUGUCGUUACUCCGAAGGCGAAGGCGCUGAUUUUGCAGACGCAUGUUGUCAUUGACCUUGAAAAGGAGGGCAAGGAAGAGUCACAAAAGAAGGAGUCAGUGGAACGAGAAGUCGACCCCAUCAUGCUCAGCAUCUUCGGUCAUCGCUUCAUGGCCAUUGCGGAGCAGAUGGGCAGGGCACUCCAGAAGACCAGUGUCAGCACCAACGUCAAGGAACGUCUCGACUUCUCAUGUGCCAUUUUCGAUGCUACUGGUGGUCUGGUGGCGAAUGCGCCGCAUCUUCCUGUCCAUCUUGGGUCUAUGUCGACGUGUGUCAAGACACAAGCCAAGAUCUGGGAGGGCAAACUGAAGAAAGGGGAUGUGAUCAUCUCGAAUCAUCCUUCAUAUGGUGGCACGCAUUUACCGGAUAUUACUCUACUCAUGCCUGCUUUCGACGAUAAGGAGGACAAGAUCCUGUUUUAUGCUGCGUCUCGUGCGCAUCACGCUGAUAUUGGCGGUAUCACGGCUGGUAGUAUGCCGCCGCACUCGCGAGAGCUGUUCCAGGAAGGUGCGGCGAUCAAGAGCGAGAAGAUCGUCAGCGAGGGCAGGUUCAACGAGGAGCGGAUCACAGAGCUGCUCUACAAGGAACCGGCGCAGUAUCCCGGCUGCAGUGGCACGCGCUGUCUAGCCGACAAUAUCAAUGACCUCCGCGCCCAGGUCUCGGCGAACCAGAAGGGCAUCUCGCUGAUUGAGGGCCUGAUCCAGGAAUACGGCGAAGAGACGGUGCAGUUCUACAUGGAGCACAUCCAGCACAACGCGGAGCUGUGCGUGCGCAAUCUGCUAAAGCAGGUGCACAAGCGCUUCGAGGGCCGCGACCUGUCGGCGACGGACUAUAUGGACGAUGGAACGCCCAUCCGGCUGCGCGUGACCAUCGAUCCGGACAAGGGCGAGGCGAUCUUCGACUUCGCGGGCACGGGGCCCGAGGUCUACGGCAACGUCAACGCGCCCGAGGCCAUCACCUACAGCGCCGUCAUCUACUGCCUGCGGUGCCUGAUCUCGGAGGACAUCCCGCUGAACCAGGGCUGCCUCAAGCCGAUCGAUGUGCGGAUCCCGCCGCGGUCGCUGCUGUCGCCGUCGACGGGCGCCGCCGUGGUCGGCGGCAACGUGCUGACCAGCCAGCGCGUGACCGACGUCAUCUUCCGCGCGUUCCAGGCCUGCGCCGCGUCCCAGGGCGACUGCAACAACCUGACGUUCGGCUUUGGGGGGAACGUGUCGGGCGAGAAGGAGGUAAAAGGGUUUGGGUAUUACGAGACCAUCGCGGGCGGCAGCGGCGCGGGACCCACGUGGGAGGGCACUAGCGGCGUGCACACGCACAUGACUAACACGCGCAUCACCGACUCGGAGGUCUUCGAGCGGCGCUACCCGGUGGUGCUGCGCGAGUUCUCGAUCCGCCGCGGCUCGGGCGGUGGGGGGCAACACCGCGGUGGUGAUGGUGUCGUCCGCGAUAUCGAGUUCCGCAUCCCCGUCCAGGUCUCCAUUCUUAGCGAGCGGCGCGUCUACCGGCCGUACGGCCUUGCGGGCGGCGAGGACGCAGAGUGCGGGCUUAAUAUCUGGGUCCGCCGCGUGGCGAGGGCGGAUCCGGAGAGGGACCUUGCGGUGGCGGGGGCGCAUGUGGAGGUGGAGGGCGGGAGUAAUGGUGGGAAUAAGGGUGAGGGAAAGGAGGUCGAGUACGAGGAGAGGCACAUCAACAUGGGCGCCAAGAACAGCGCGGCCAUGAAGCCGGGCGAUCGCGUCAUUGUGAACACGCCCGGAGGCGGCGGCUGGGGCAAGGUGGGCGGGCAGAAGAGCCUCGGGGAUGAGAGGGGGAAUGGGAGGGAUCAUACGGAGGCGUGGCGGAAGGGGAGUCAUGCUGCGAGGGAGGAGAUGGCGUUGCAGGCUUAG